GGAAAGAUGGCUGUGUCGCGGGGGCUGCGGUGCUGCCAGCGGGCGUUCUCCUGGCUGCCCGUCCUCAUCAUCGCCCUGGUCGUUCUCUGGUCCUACUACGCCUACGUCUGCGAGCUGUGCCUGGUGACUCUGAGCAACCCUGUGGAAAAAGUGGCCUAUCUUAUAAUAUUCCAUAUUCUCUUUGUGCUCUUUGUGUGGACAUAUUGGAAGUCUAUUUUUACUCUCCCAGUGCAGCCAGCCAAAAAGUACCACAUGUCCUACGCUGACCAAGAGCGCUACGAGAAUGAGGAACGGCCAGAGGUGCAGAGGCAAAUCCUGGCUGAAAUCGCAAGGAAGCUGCCGGUGUACACCCGAACAGGGAGUGGAGGCAUUCGAUUCUGUGAUAGAUGCCAGCUGAUAAAACCUGACCGUUGCCACCACUGCUCUGUAUGUGCUGUAUGCGUGCUGAAAAUGGAUCAUCACUGCCCGUGGGUGAAUAACUGCAUUGGAUUUUCUAACUACAAAUUCUUUCUCCUGUUCUUAGCCUAUUCUCUGUUGUAUUGCUUGUAUAUUGCUGCAACAGUCUUCAAGUAUUUCAUUAAGUAUUGGACAGGUGAGCUGACUAAUGGACGUUCCAAAUUUCACAUCCUUUUCCUUCUCUUUGUGGCAGUCAUGUUCUUUGUAAGCCUUAUGUUUCUCUUUGGCUACCAUUGUUGGCUCGUUAGUAGGAACAGGUCUACUUUAGAGGCUUUCUCAGCUCCAGUCUUUCAAAAUGGCCCAGAUAAAAAUGGAUUCAAUCUUGGCUUUGUAAAGAAUCUUCAGCAAGUGUUUGGAGAAGAAAAAAAGCUCUGGUUACUACCUAUUGCCUCUAGCCAGGGUGAUGGACAUUUUUUCCCAAUGAGAGCUUUGUGUGAAGCUCAGAAUCCUCUCCUAGCCAAUGAAGAGCAGUGGGAAGAUGAUGGAAUAGAUGCAGAGCCUCAUGAUUCUAGUGAAGCUGCAUCUCUUGCCAUAGAAAAGGAGACAUAGCAGUUUGAAAAUGCAGCAGCAUGAAGCUUGUUCAGAAAGCUUCCCUCUCAGGAGCCAACAUCUCUUCUCUUGGCACGGACUUGAGUUUUGAGAGGCAGCAAAUGAGUGGAUCUUCAAGAUCAGAAAACAUCCUGAAGUAUUGUCUGAUUGGAAUCUGCAUUCUAGAGUGCUUCUCCAGAAAUCCUGCUAUCCAGACCUUUCAAGGCUUUACAAGUUUGAGUUACAGAGUGAGCAGAACAGUUUGGCAGAGUGAUUGUGGCCAAUCUUAUUUGGCCUGCUUUCUUUAUUUUGUAAAUAAUAGAUAUUUUUUAUUCAGAACAGGUGAAGGUAUUGAUGUGAGUGUGUUUCCAAAGGCCUUUUCAUUUUGCAAACAUCAGGGACUUGAGCUACUGACAUUCUUACAAGCCAUAAUAUUCUUGGGGGUGGUAUUUAUUUUGAGACUGAUUCUCCAGCCUGCCCUCAGAAGUGACAUUUUAUAAUGUCUUUAAAGUUCUGAGUCCAUUCAGCUCAAUGACAGACAGACUCACUUGUAUUUGGCACUGAAUUGAGUGUUGAAAGGGAAAGUGCUGAACAUGCAUUUUUUAUAUACAUGUGCAGCUGUGUGGGAAACUAAAAUAUUCACAUUGCCAGGGUCAAGAUUCAAGAAUAUUGUGGCUGUAGAUUUUAUUAAAGAAAAAGGUUAGGAGGGUGUAAUUGUCUUAAAAUUCUCGUGCCCUGUAAGCCCAGUCCCACUUGCAGGCACCUAAAAUGCAAGAGAGAGCUUUGCACAAUACAGUUUGUACUAACUCUUAGGGCUAAAAAAUCAAGUCACUCCUGGCUCACUGUUUGAUGGGAAUUUGUGUGUUUGUGGAGUCAGAAGAUGUAAAUUGGAAAUGUGCACUGAAAGUUCAGCUCCAGCAGUGGUGUUUGGAGUUGACACCCCAGCAAGGUGGGGUUUGGCUCAUAAUGCUGAAGCGACAGCUGAUGCACUGAAUUUGUUCAGACUUCUUCCUCAGUGAAUGUAGUGACUGGUGGUUCCAAAGUUCUUCAGCACAAAGAGGUGAUGGGGUUUUGUCUUUGUUUAGCUCAUAAGCAGUUGAAGGAAGGUGUCUCUGGUUUUGUUCUGUGGAAUGGAACUGAGAGUUUGCUGGCAGGGUUAUCGGCUUUUUUCUGGACCUGAGUCCUUUUUUUUUAUCUGCAUGAUUCAGACCUGGCAGCUCCCUGGCUGGUGUGUGGAUUGGGUGCAUGCUCACAGUGUCAGCAUACUGCCUUUAAGAUCAUUUGUUCCCAUUCCCCAUCUCAGUUUGUGUUUGGUUCUCAGCCUGUUUGUGGUGACAGUGACUACAGCAGCAGUUUGCAUGUCAUGAGAAAUUACCUGAGAAGUAUCUGUGUAGUGACAAAGGCUUUGCCUACAUACUAACUCCUCUUUUCCUCUGCUUACUCUGCCUCUGCUACCAGUGGAAAUGUGUUAAUGAGAAAGAAGAGAGUCUUGCAGGUAUUUAGGGCAGAAGGGUUUUGUUGGCUUAGCUUUACGUAGCCAAGGGCAGUGGAUCUGAAAGGAAAGGCUGGUCCCCUGGCCAUGAGGCUGCUCAGCCAUGUGGCCCAGGCCUCUGGCUGCAUCUGUGGUGCUGGUUGCUGUCAGGGUUACUGGGAUGAGACCAUGAAAGCUGGAGUAGGACCAGCAGAUGCUGCCUGUGAUUCUGCCAUCAGCCAUCAGGUAGUAAUGACAGUGGCUGAAGUGGCAGCUGGGGCUGCAGGUGUCAGACUGGCCAGGAGAGUGAAAGGGCUAAACAACACCACAGCUGCAGUACCUUAAAUCAGGGCACACAGGUGUGAGUUCAGGCACAGCACAGCCUCCCUUCCCUUUGCCCAGCCUGGCAGGGAGGAGCUGUUCUGCUCUCAGAGCUUCCCCAGGUGGGUGUUGCUGUGUGGGAGUCCCAGUGCUCCCGCUGGACCUUGCUGCUGUACUGACCACUGACAGCCACCUCCUCACCUCUCUCCCUUCCCUCCCAUUUACAUUCAGGUACACUGAUCUCUUUAAACAAAACAAGAUAGAUAAAACAUCAUAUUGAUGUUUCUAUGGUAUUGUGUCAAGUCCUCUCCUUGGCCAGUGAGUCCUGGCUGAGGGAUUAAGAUUUCUGCAAGCCUCAGUGCACUGCAGUUUUGUCUCUUGCUGAACUGGUACGGGAUGUUUUUGGAGCAGAACAGGAUUAUCUCUUUAACCAGGAUGUUUUCAGCAGCCCAUACCUGGUGCAUGGUGUGCUGUCAGUGAGGAAAUGCAGGUCACUUCCCCCGGCACAGAGCAAGGAAUGUUUCCUUCCUGGACAGACCACAGCUGCAACUCCCCAGACCCUGCACUAGCUGUAGUGUCUCAGUUCUGUUGCUGCUGUGGGCAGAAAGCACAACUCAGUGUUAGUUACCAAACCUGAUGCAUAAAGUCUGUAACAUAACAGGAAUGUGAAGUGUUGGGGGGGAAAGAGGAUUUCCCUUUUCUUCCCCAGCCAGUGUGCUUUGAUGUGUUCAGGUCCCGCUGCCUCCCGCAGCUGCUGCAGCAGCAGGACACUUGCAGUGUCGCAGGCUGAAGGGCAGGAGCGGGUGUGAGCAGGUGAGGCAGGUGCAGCUCACCAGUUACACCAGAGUUCGGUAACUUCAGGGUUUUGAAAUUGAUCCAUAGUACUUGAAAAUACUUUGAUUUUGUUGCUCUUUUUCCCAUUCUGUCAGCUUCUGCUUUGUUACAGAACACUUGCAAACACAAACUCCUUCUGAAACCAUCCGUGGGAGCACUGGCCGUGGCAGAGUGGCCACAACAGGCUGUGUGCUGUUACUGCCCAACGCCUCACCUCCCUUCCUGGUCAGGAACCAUUUCUGCUCCUUUUUCCAUCUCCCUUUGAGUCUUUCCUCUUUCUCCUGAACAUUCAGUUACAAUCUUACCAGCUUUCAGCUGUUUGUGCUGGCUGUUGGAUGCCGUGGAGGUGAGUAGGUGCCACUUUUAAGCAGUUGUGCCACAUGCUUUCUUGGUGACUGAUCCCAGUGUGUGUCAGGGAUGGGUUUGUGAUCCUCACCCUUCUGACCGUUUUGCUCAGAGCAGUGGGAUCCAACAUCCUGCCCUGCUCUCCUCUCUUCCCCAACUCUCCCAUUUCAUUUCCCACCUUCAGUUUGGAAUGUAAACCGUGGGAAAUAAAAUGUACAUUUGCAGCUCAAACGUGAACUUAUUAAGCUGGUUCUGCUCUCGUGCUGCUUGAAAUAGGGUUUUACCUGUAUGAGGUUUGAAGAUUUACAGCAGCAUUUGUAAAACCAGUGAGUAACAGACACUGGUUGGAAAAAAAUGUUACGUUGAGGUGGGGAAAAUCCCAAUGAGAGGGACCAAGAGCUCAUCUUUGCUUCUGACUGCAGUUGUGCUCCAAAAGAAACGCCUGCUUGCAUCACGUGCUCGUGUCCAGCAGCUCAGUGAGCUGAAGGCGUUCCUGCUCUGCCAGUACUUGAACUUUCCUUGAGUUAAACCUUGGGCAAAGUCCCGUGGGAAGCAUGGAAACAAAAUCCCUUGUCCUGCCCAUCUCCUUUCUGGCCUGGGAAGGUGUGUACUGCACCUUUGGAAGAGAAAGGGAAAUCCAGCAGAUUCUGGAAAGUGUUGGUGUACUUUUUUCCCUGGGAGGAUGCAGGAGAAAUUCCUCCUGUCAGCACCUGGCCUUGUGCUGAUGUAAGGAACAGCCUGGGCUGGGGCAGAGGUGGCCUCCCCACAGGAGGAGGGAUCUUCUUGUGCCAGGCAGUGGGAGGAACUGAAUUAACUUGUGUGUGUGUGUGUGUGUAUGUGUGUGUUCUCCUUUCACAGGAGUUACACUGGUGGGUAGCUCGCUGCCCUACCCACCACACUGCAAGCAGGAGCUGUGUCAGAGGAUUUCCAAAUUGCACUGUCAGGGCAGGGAGCUUGUAACAGCUUCCCUUUGGCUGGUAAUGUGAAACAGAAAAGGUCGUGUUGUUUUAUAACUUACUGUUUUUCAUCUGAAAGUAACUCAUUGACGUUGGCGAUGAAAAUGAGUUACUUAAACUCAGGAUCUGAUAACCACAGACUUACCUGUACCUUUGGAUUCAGCACUGAGAGGAGUUUUUACCCUUCUGCUGAGGGGUUUUGCUGAGAUGCUCUGACUGGGCAGGACGAGGGGCAGCACCGGAGCUACAAGAACCAUUCCAGGAGCUGGAGGCUGCGCUGUGUCCGGGGCUCCUCCCCCUCGGCUCCUGUUGCCCCGGGCACCGCAGCAUCAGUUUCGCCGCGUUGCUUUGUUGCCUUCAGCCGCAGUUCAGGGACCAGCCGGGCGCGGCGCUGGCGGUUGUGCGUGCGGACGGUCCCCGCUGUUCUGCUCCGGUUCUGCUCCACUAAGGAUCUGCCACGUUGUUGAAUCCGGAUUCCUCACCCUGUAAUUGAGCAGGACUUGCACUGGGGAUGUUCUCCUCAAUGCUGCUGCUGGCACUGAGACUUUUGAUAUCAAAUGGGUUUUUACAGAAGCUUUGGAUACUUGUUUUUACUGUCUGACAAACGUUCUGCCUUUAUUAGGAAUGCUUUGUGUACGUGCCACGAGCAUCUUCCCUGUGUUUGUAAGGUUUGUACAGCCCAAUAUCCUGUACCUACUGCUUUGUCCUUUUCUAUUAUGGUUUAUACUGGACAGCCUGCCCAGUUUGUACUGCACUACAGGCCAGGACUACAUUAAAAACCAGUUUGGGCUAA